AUGGGUUCCGUUGUUGAUACUCCGCCAAAGGGCGGCUUCAAGCUUGUCUUGCAGAAUCCAUAUCUAUGUGGUGUGGCAUCGUUCUCAACUCUCGGUGGCCUGCUGUUCGGAUAUGAUCAAGGUGUCAUCAGUGGUGUGAUCACGAUGGAGUCCUUUGGGGCUCGAUUCCCGCAUGUCUUCAGUGAUAGCGGAUUCAAAGGCUGGUUUGUGUCAACGCUCCUACUCGCUGCCUGGUUUGGAUCUUUGAUCAAUGGACCUAUUGCGGAUCGGAUUGGGCGAAAGCUUUCUAUCAACGUUGCAGUAGUGAUCUUCGUCAUUGGAUCUGCGAUUCAGUGUGCAGCAGUGAAUAUUCCAAUGCUAUUUGCCGGACGAGCUAUUGUUGGUUUAGCUGUCGGAAUGAUGACAAUGGUGGUGCCGUUGUACAUCUCUGAGGUUUCUAUUCCUGAGAUUCGUGGAGGCCUGGUCGUCACUCAACAAUUAUCGGUUACCAUUGGAAUCCUCAUCAGCUAUUGGAUCGACUAUGGCACCAACUACAUCGGUGGCACUCGCUGCGCCCCCGAUAUGCCCUACACUGGUGGGACCUCAGCAAAGCCUACAUUCGACCCCUAUAAUGAUAUUCCAAUAACGGGCUGCAAUGGUCAAUCAGAGGCCUCUUGGCGUCUUCCACUGGCGAUUCAAAUUGUCCCAGCAGUUAUUCUGGGAAUCGGAAUGGUAUUCUUCCCAGAAUCACCUCGGUGGCUGCUAAUGAAAGAGCGUGAUGAUGACUCGCUUGUCGCUCUCUCGAGAUUACGGAGGCAAUCCCGCGAUAGCCCUAUUCUUCAAAACGAAUACCUGGAGGUUAGAGCAUCUAUCAUGCUAGAGAACUCUUUUGCCAGAGAGAACUUCCCCAACCUUUCAGGUGUGAAGCUGCAUGUCGCUCAGUAUGUGUCUUUGUUUACGAAAUGGGCACGCUUCAAGCGACUUUUCAUUGGCUGUGCGGUGAUGUUCUUCCAGCAAUUCAUCGGCUGCAAUGCCAUGAUCUAUUAUGCACCAACAAUUUUUGGUCAGCUCGGCAUGGAUGGAAACACCACUUCGCUUCUCGCUACCGGAGUGUAUGGCAUCGUCAAUUGCCUGGCCACUCUCCCGGCACUAUUCUUUAUCGAUAAAUUUGGACGUCGCGCUCUUCUCAUGGCUGGAGCCACGGGCCCUAUUGGUUGGGUGCUCCCAUCGGAAAUCUUCAAUCUUUCGAUUCGAUCCAAGGCCAUUUCUAUCACUACCUCAGCCACCUGGAUGUGUAAUUUCAUCAUCGGCCUGGUCACUCCGGAUAUGCUCGAGACCAUCACUUGGGGCACUUACAUCUUCUUUGCGGCUUUCGCUCUGAUUGCACUUAUCUUUACAUUCUUCUGUAUCCCCGAAACACGUGGAAAGACCCUGGAAGACAUGGAUCUCAUUUUUGGAGAUACCUCAGCAUACGAAGAAAAGGAACGUAUCAAGCAUAUCGAGGCCGACUUGCGUGGGACUAAACUCAAUGACGCAGAGGACUUGAAGCCAGCAGACCAACACAGAGAGAUUGUUGAUUCUGUUUGA